CUGUGUGACAGCCCGCGCUACGCUGCGCACGCUCGCGUCGCUCUCCGUUCCGUGCGCGCCCCGCAUGAAGACCGAGGACCAGACCACCGAGGAGGCGGCGCGCCGCCCGCCCGCCACCAGACGACAAGAAAAACCACCCUUCUCUUACAUAGCUCUCAUUGUCAUGGCCAUCCGCCAUUCUCCCAACAAACAACUCACCCUCAGUGAAAUCUACGCCUAUCUUCAACAGAGGUUUCCAUUUUUCCGCAGCUCGUACCAGGGUUGGAAGAAUUCUGUGCGGCACAACCUCAGUCUGAACGAAUGUUUCGUGAAGUUGCCCAAGGGGUUGGGGCGGCCAGGUAAGGGGCAUUACUGGACAAUAGACCCGUCUUCGGAGUUCAUGUUCGAAGAAGGGUCAUUCAGACGGCGUCCUCGUGGGUUCCGCCGCAAGUGUCAGGCAUUAAAGCCUCAGUUUGGGAGCGGGGGUUACCUCUGUGGGAGUGGAAUGGCGGCGCUACCGACGUCUCAGCCGACGGGGUACGAGUUGGCGGGUGGUAGUAGCGCGGGUGUCAGUGGGGGUUCUUCGAUGGACUAUGGUGCUUGUGCGUACUCGCACUCGAGUGCGGCGAGCCAGCAGCUGGCAUACGGCAGCGAGUACUGUGGCUACGGAUCAGUGAGCGAGCGCGAGUGGGCGCUGGGCUACGGCGCCGUGGAGCCCGGCUACCGGCCGCCGCCCACCACGCCGCCGGCGCACCACGAGCUGCCCGACAUCAUCCCCAAUUACCAGUACGCCGUCUCCAAUGACCAUGGAUCGGCGCCAAUGUUCGCUGGGAUGCGGGGCGUUCACGGUCAGAUGUUGGCUGGCGGGCCUUCGAUCCCCGGGCUGGGGGGCUUUAGCCUGCCUUCCUCGCUGCCCCCCCUGCCCGAAAGGAAGGUGUAUGCUACGCCACCGCCGACGCCGCUCUCGACGUUGCCCUCCCCUCCUUCUAUAACACCGACAGCGACGACCACUACCUAUUAUGACCACAUGAAGUACUAAAUAAAAUUAAUAUGUGGUCUAAAAUAUAGCCCAGUGGUCCUAAAUAGUGAAAUUCUUCCACUCAUGUGACUCUUGCGUACGGUGGAUUAAUUUUAAUGUUUCAUAUUUUCGAUUGAUAAAGAGCCAGUAAGGCAUUUCUUAAAUAAACUCUCAGAACAGAUAUUCUGACUUAUACGAUAUAUCACUAUUAUUCAACUUU